AUGGCACACUUUAACUACGCGGAAUGGCAGCGACUGAAGGACUUCCACUUCGAACUUGGGUUGAUAGGUGUCGGUUUCUCUGUCCUCGUGACCAUCCUGGGUGUUUUUUUGUAUAGGCUUGGCGGACAGGCUACCGUCGACAAGCUCACUGCCCAUCCCUACGUCAAGUUUGUCUACGCCUGCAUGCUCAAGCCUCAUGACAGACGAGCCGAUAUCGGUCAACAGGGGGCUCUUGAGAACUUCUAUUCUGCUCAGGCCAAUGUCUAUGACUCUACCCGAAAACGCCUUCUGCGGGGGAGAGAGGAUAUGCUUGCGAUUCUGGUUGCGAAGUUACAAGGCAAAAUGGCCUCCGGAGACGGGCAGAAACCCGUUUGGUAUGACAUUGGGGGCGGCACAGGUUAUAACGUCGAAGUCAUGGACAAAUUGGUGGGUAUUGAGGCCUUCUUCGAGCAUGUGUUCCUUGUCGACCUCUCCACUUCGCUGUGCGAGGUCGCGCGAGAACGAGUACGUAAGAAUGGCUGGAAGAAUGUCACGGUCCUGUGUCAAGAUGCGAGAUCGGUCGCAUGUGCUCCAUCCUCGGCAGACCUGAUCACCAUGAGUUACAGCUUGUCCAUGAUCCCAGAUUUCUAUGGCGUGGUCGACAUGGUUUCAGGGUUCCUGUCUCCUAAAGGUUUGAUCGGUAUUUGCGACUUCUACGUCCAGAGCAUCGUUGAUAUCUCUUCGAGAAACUACUGUGGUGGGACCUUCAAUCGCCAUGUCAAUUGGUUCGGUCGGAUGUUCUGGCGUACGUGGUUCGACGCAGAUCGAGUAAACCUUGAUGGUGGUCGUAGAGACUACGUCGAAUAUCGCUUUGGUACUGUCCUGUCCACAAGCCAGCGCAACUAUCCUCUCGGCGGCAUUCCAUACUAUAUCUUCAUCGGAUGCAGACGAGAUGCCGAAGCCUUUGCUGAUCAAGGCCAAGAAGUCCUGGAAAGACUUGAUGCGGCUCUCACGGAAUCGCCGUACCUAUCCCCAAUGAAAUUCAAGGAACAGCGGAACCUGGACGCUCAACAAAGCAUUCCCCGGUCGAAGUCGUACGAGUCUGCCAUUGUCAACCUGAGCAACGACCUGCCACUGCCUUCGGCUUUCUACCAGCAACAUCAUUGGAGAAUCUAUUAUAACGACCUGUUGGCAAAACAUCAACAGUUUGGCAACGAGUACAUUUACGCUUUCAAUUGGGAAGAUCCUAAGGUCGACCGCCAACUGUUGAACAUCACUCAAGACGACGUUAUCCUCACCAUUACCAGCGCCGGGGAUAAUAUUCUUGACUAUCUGCUCGAACGGCCCAAGCGCAUCCAUGCCGUCGAUCUGAAUCCGAAUCAAAAUCACCUCCUCGAGCUCAAAGUUGCUGCCUUCACCACGCUUCCCUACAGCGACGUCUGGCAACUAUUCGGCGAGGGCAAGCAUCCAGACUUCCGCAAUCUCCUUCUCUCCAAACUCAGUCCGCACAUGUCCAGCCAAGCGUUCCAAUACUGGCUCGGCAAAUCCUACAUUUUCUCCUCCAAGGGAGGACUGUACGACAGCGGGGGCUCCAGACACGCCAUUAAGCUUGUGCGGUGGCUAUUCAAGACAUUUGGGCUCACCGCAAAAGUGCGUACAAUGUGUAAAGUGGAGACGCUGAAUGAGCAGCGAGAGAUCUGGCCCCAGAUCAGGAAUCUCCUGCUCAGCUGGCCCUUGCAUAAAACAGUAGUGUCCACAGAGUGGUGGGCAUGGAAGGCCGCCGGGGUGCCUCCAAACCAGCACGCCCUCAUUAUUGACGACUACGCGCAGCGGACGAGGCUGCCACGGACGAAGAAGCUCUGCGGCGAAGCUAUUUGGCAGUACGUUGUCGACACUUUAGACCCCGUGGUGGAAACGACGCAGAUCAGCAGGGAAAACUAUUUCUAUUAUCUCUGCCUGCAGGGGAAGUUCUCGAGGAAGUGUCAUCCUCGUUACCUUGGCGUCAAAGCCCACACAGCGCUGUCGAAGGCUGAUGCAUUUGAUGGUCUACGCAUCCACACGGAUGAAAUCAUGGAAGUGAUUUCUAGGAUCAGCGCCUCGACAUUGACCAUUGCCAUUCUCAUGGACUCAAUGGACUGGUUCGACCCCAAGGACAAAAACUCGGCGGCGCUGGAGCAAAUCGUGGCAUUAAACAAGGUCCUCAAGCUUGGGGGCCGUGUUCUCUUCCGCUCUGCCGCGCUGAGACCAUGGUAUACCGACAUUUUUGAGCAGAAUGGCUUUGAUGCCACGUGCGUGGGCAGACGGGAUUCCGGGAAGUGUAUCGAUCGGGUCAACAUGUAUGCAUCUGCAUGGAUCUGCACGAAGAAAAUCGACAUCUCGACGAGUCCGAUCAUCCCUUCGAAGGAGAAGAGCGUGACAGCCGCCGCAUCGCUAGAGGAGCUGAAGAUCUAG